AUGGAAAGCAAACUAUAAAAUUUUGAGAUCCUGAAUAAACUGGGUUCUGGAGCCUACUCGUCUGUUUACAAAGUGCAACGAAAGUCUGACGGCAACAUAUACGCUUUAAAGAAAGUUAAAUUAGUAGACAUCGGAGAUAGGGAGAAAUAGAAUGCUCUUAAUGAAGUCCGGUUUAUUGCAUCAAUCCAUCAUGAGAAUGUUGUUUCUUAUAAGGAAUGUUUUAUUGAGGACAAUAAUCUAUGUAUUAUCAUGGAGUACGCAGAAGGAGGAGAUUUGUUGUAAAAGAUUUAGAGGUUUGUAAAAAAAUAGCAAAUGAUUCCUGAAUAAGAGAUAUGGCAAGUUGCAAUUUAAGUUUUAUAGGGAUUAAGAGCACUACAUCAUAAAAAAAUACUGCAUAGGGAUUUGAAAUGUGCAAAUAUCUUCCUAUAUGAGAAUGACUAGGUCAAGCUUGGAGACUUCAACGUUUCCAAACUAGCCAAAAAUGGUUUAGUCUACACUCAAACGGGUACACCCUAUUAUGCUAGUCCGGAGGUUUGGUAGGACAAACCGUAUGAUCAUAAGGCUGACAUAUGGUCCUUGGGGUGUGUGAUUUAUGAGGCCUGCGCUCUGAAACCACCAUUCAGGGCCAAAGAUAUGGACGGACUUUAUAAAUCUGUUCUAAGAGGCCAAUAUCAACCCAUCCCAGUGAUCUACUCUCAAGAGUUGGUUCAGUUAAUUAAAACCAUGAUGCAAGUGCAUCCGCAGAAUAGACCGGAUUGUGAUAAGUUACUCCAAUAUUAAUAUGUGUAGAAGAAGGCCAAACAAUAUGGGAUUCCCUUGAUCUCAGAGGAUAUCGAGGAUGAUUUACUAAAGACAAUCAAGUGGCCAAUCACCAGAAAGGGAUUGUAGGCUAACAAGUCAGAACUCAUCAAUCUAAAUUUCCAAUUGCCUGGUAGCAACUAUUUGAAUCAGCAUAAUUCAAAUCAUUUAAGGAGGAACCAGCAAUCCAAUAGAAUCAAGUCUUAGGAUACAAAUGAUUCGAUCUCUUUAAAUCAACCUAACGAAGCUUUGCAUCAAUUAAUGAAGCAAAUCACUCAACUUGAAUAGAAGGAUAUUGAGAGGAGUCCUAAUUUCAAAUAGAACCUGAACAAAUCUACUUCAAAAUAGACCAUUUAAGAUAAUGUCUUGCCUCCAGAUAGAAGAUUGAGAGUGUCUAAUUCUACUCAUGAAAAACAUGAGAAGUACGAAUCAGUUUAACCUAAAUGUAUCUCGAAGGAUCGAAUAGAACAUCAAAUACAAAUAAACGCUAAUUAUUAUGCUAAAGAUGUCAUCCAAUCCCUCAACAAAUAACACUAUUCAUAGAAGUUGCCAAUCAUCUCUGGAACUUAAAGAUAAGAUGAGGAAUAGCAUAUCUUGAGAAAGAAUUCCUCCAACGAGAGAAAUCCAAGUAAUCAUUUGAAGAGAUCAAAGAAUGAUCCACUGAAAAAGGAUCUGUCCAUGUAGCCUAGUGCAGAAAGACCUACUGUUUUAAUGAAGAUAAUUGAAGAACAUCAAUAACUACCUAAAAUAAAGAAAAAGUAGUAGUGA